AAAUAAUGACUGAUCAGGAUGACCCUGGAGAAGGUGCAGGUGAUCUAAACACUUCAGAGCUGAAGAAGAAUAUGAAACACGAAACUAAAGAAGGAAUCAGAAUGGAAGUUGAGAUUGAUUCUUCCAAGAAUUACGAAACAACGAAAAAGGGCCUGAAGGAAAGGUACAAGCGGCUACUCAACAAGCAUCGGCAGAGGUACUACCUUCUGCUCAAGAAGUACAGGUCAUUAGAAAAGAAAUACCAUAUUGUUGAGGAUGCUGGGAGUAGAGAGCAGGUGGUGAGAGACGCGCGCAAGUACCUGUCCGAUGAACACCUUCUCUUCAUGGAAAGCCAGAUGUUCUUGAGAAAUAGAACCGGUAAGGGAAAUAGGUUUUCGAAGAAGUUCAUAAGGCUCAUGAUAAAGCUGUACGAGAGAAGCGCAGCGGGAUACCGAUAUUUGAGGAGCAUAUUCACCAUCCCCUCCGUCAAAACGGUCCAGAAGUGGCAGAACCGACUCUUUGAUUUAUUAGAUGAAAACGACAAGGAUCCUUUGGAUGUAACGGGGAAUGCCAAUCCUUUGGAAACGGCGGAAGUUCACACUGUGGAAGCAGAAGCCUUCAUGAAUCAGCAGGAACCCGAGGCGACGACCAAUGUGAAGGACGCAGAUCAGCACUUCCAGGCGUCGACGACCCUCUUCAGAAGCGUCGACGCGCCGGGCAGACCCGACACUGAUGGGUCCUCGUGCGGCUCUGGCUCAGAGGACUCGGAUGGCAUGGAUGAGGAGGAUUUGGAGGAGGAGGAGGAGGAAGAGGAUGAGGAGUACGAAGCGGGGGACAUGCAGCCUGAGCACCAUGCGGGGAAGGCCAUCUACCAUAACAGCGCGACAAGGCCCGCUGACGAGAUCACCAUCGCGUGGGGAGAGCCCUGGUCGUCUGUCAUGAAUUGAGCUGCUGUUGCGCAGUUUUCAAGACCCAUUUUUCUACCUUCUCGAUACAUGCAUAUUCCCAUAUGAUUUUUUUCUAUUCAGAAGCAUUGUUUUAGUUGUAAACCUUUUAAAAAAAGAUAAGAUUAUUUAAUACUAAUAAUCACAGCAUAAGAUGUGUGAUCAGAAUUUUGUAUUUGAUAUCAUGUAUAUUGCACUGUUACAUGUUAUAUGUAUAUAUCAAUUUUAAUGUUCCUUCUUGAAUAUAUCUUAUAUUGUCUGUUAA